AUGGAUACACAAUCUGAUGAAGCACCCCCAGCAAGAUGCGGAUUUGAUUGGCUCUCUCAAGAAAUUGUCCUUAACGUUGCUUCCAGGCUGCCCAUUACAUCUUUAAUUCAAUUCACAUUUGUUCGCAAAUCGUUUUACAACUUGUCUCAAAAUCCAAAGCUUGUGAAUUCGCACCUGCUUCGUGCAUUAAAGAAUGAUCCUUGCAUUAUUAUUAACGCAGAUGAUCAGCUGUACUUUCUUGAAUUCUCUGAUCAUCGUACGGAAGAAGGGGUUGUGAGGGAAAUCAGCACCCCUUUUGCAAACGAAAUGCCAAAAUUUGAUAUGGUUGGUUCAUGUCAUGGACUAUUGUGCAUACGUGAUUGUCUGCUUAGUGAUUCACUUUAUGUGUACAAUCCUUUUACACGGGACUACAAAGAGCUGCCUAAAAUCCAGGAGAAAAGUUUGGUUUAUGGAUUUGGUUUUAGUCCCACUACAAAUGAGUACAAGGUGAUCAAGAUCAUACAUUAUAACCCCCUUGACCAUCGUAAAUCAGAUGUUCAAGUACUUAGUCUUGGUAGCAACAAAUGGAGAAGUGUUGGGGAAGUUGUUUAUAAGUUUGAUUCGUUUUUCCAAAGUGGAAGUUAUCAUAGGCUUAUUGUUUCCUUUGAUUUACCUGAUGAGGUGUUUGAAGAAGUACCAAAAUUUGAUUUUGGUGUAGACCCAAGAAGUAGCGAGUUUCAACUAGCAGUUCUUGGAGAUUGUCUUGCUAUUGCUAUAACUCUGCCUCACCAAAAUGGGGGAGGAUUGGGAAUCUGGAAUGGAGAACUGCUUGAGUAUGAAGGUGAAAAUUUGGUUUUGUAUGAUCCCCAAAGUGGUGUCUUAAGAACUUUAAGGUUUCAGGGGAUGCCUAAAUUUUUUCAGAUAGUUGUUCAUGUGGGCUGCCUUAAUUGGAUUGAUAUCCCUGAUGGAAUACAGGCAUACAGAGCGGAAGCAAAUAGUCAGGAUCGAACUUGCAUGUAA